CAAAUUCAAAGAAAAUUGUCUUUCUUCUUCCUCUCUCGUUUUAUUCUCUUCAACGUUCCUUCGGCAUUCGCAACUCUUUGUUAACAUUUGUAUUUGAUGGAAACAAGGCUUUAUGAGGCAUCAAUGGAAGGAUCUGUAUCCGCUUUAAAUUCACUGAUCCACGACGACCCUUUAAUUCUUUCGAAGAUUUCAUUGACCAAAUUCUCUGAAACUCCCCUGCACAUAGCAGCUCUGCUAGGCCACCUUGAUUUCUGUAAAGCACUUCUUUCUUAUAACUUCCAAGCCCCCAAACUUGUUCUCGAAUUGGACUCUCUCAAACGCUCCCCUCUUCACUUGGCUUCAGCUGCAGGUCACGCUGAGAUAGUCCAAGUAUUGUUGCAAGAAAAUGAGUCCAAGUCUCUAUGCUUGCUUAGAGAUCAAGAGGAGCGAAUACCCCUUCAUUACGCAGCCAUGAGAGGGCGUGUCGACACCAUUAAACUCCUUAUUAACGCACAGCCUGAGUAUGUUUUUGAGAAGCUUGACGAAGGAGAAACAGUUCUACACUUGUGUGUUCAAUAUAACCAUUUGGAGGCUCUGAAAUUGCUUGUGGAAUCGGUUGGUUAUGAGAACCGGGAGUUCCACAACAUGAAAGAUCUGAACGGCGGGAAUACCAUUUUGCAUCUAGCUGUGAUGCUAAAGCAAAUUGAGACUAUAACAUACUUGGUUUCUAUACCUGGAGUAAAAGCUGGAGUAGACACCUUGAACAAUAGCGGUUUGAAAGCCUUCAACAUGCUUCAGCACUUUCCGAAAGACUUUAGAAGCCUCAAAAUCCAAACUAUCCUUAUGGAUCAUCAUAUAGGACUCAGAGAACAAAGCAAUAACCAAGGCAAUAUUAGUCUCCCGCCACCAGUACUAGUAUCUACUGUUGGUCAUCAUGAUGGCGUGUUUCCUAAGAAAUCAACAAAACUAGCAAAAGCAAGCCACUGGUUGCUCAAAUGGAUUAUUGGUUACUUGAUACAAUACAAAGGCGAUUGGCUGGAAGAUGCUCGCGGAUCAAUCAUGGUGGUGGCUACAGUGAUUGCAACGAUGACAUUCCAAACAGCAAUCAACCCCCCAGGCGGCGUGUGGCAGCAAAACAUAAAUGCCACCAUUGAAGGAUUUGAUUGUCGCAGCCGCGAAAACUAUGAUGAUAUAGGCAAUAUAUGUUAUGCAGGAACCUCAGUGUUAGCGUAUAGCACUGAAUACAACUAUGGUUAUUUUCUAUUAUAUAACAGCACCUCAUUCCUUUCAUCACUUAUUGUAAUCUUUUUAGUCAUCAGCGGAAUCCCUCUAAAGAAUGAGAUUUGUAUGCUACUUUUGACAAUAGCCAUGUGCACCACUUUGACAUACUUGGGACUCACUUUCCUUAAAGGUUUGGCCCUGGUGACACCCCCUUAUUAUAUAAAAACCGUGCUGCAUAUGCUUCCUAAAUCCUUUCAUAUAUGGAUUGGAUUAAUUACCCUCAUCGUACUUGUUCAUUCACUUCGAUUAGUUGGAUGGAUUGUGAAGAAAUUUCGACCCCAAGUAUGUAAAUGAUGAGGCAACAUCAUUGAACAAAAGCCUACAAGCACAAAGAAUUUCCUCUGCAACUCAAGAUUUGGUCGAGAUUCUUCUUCAGUUUAGGGGGGUUUAGGGUUUAAUAAGUUACUGUUGGACAAGUUUGAAUGUCAUUGGGCCAUGUGUCUUUUCUUUAUUUUGAUUAAUUUGUUUUGUUAGUGAUCGUUUCGAAUGCUUGGUAAACAAGGACUAUAGUUGCGUGUAUAAUUGUUACCGUUUAUCAUGCCAUGUGACACAUCCAUGUUGUUUAUUUUCUUUCUAAUUGGUCGAGUCUUGCCACUUGUGCAACUGAGUCAAUAACCGUUGUUCGAAAUGGUUCCUUUUGUCUUUCAAAAGUUUGUAUAAAAGCUUGUUGUCCCCAAGCUUAAGUCAAUGUUGAAUUUUCUGCCAGUUUUGCUUGUAAGCUCU